ACAAAAAGUUGGGAACUGAAAACGGUACGCUCCACUUGUAGAGAAAGAAAGGGAAAGAAGGGAAGGGAAGGGAAGGGAAGAGAAGAGAAGACUAUCUUUGUGGUUAUGAUAUCAGCAGCAGGACGUUUUAUGGUCCACGUCCUAUCACUUGCUAGAACCCAUCCUCCUAAUGAAUGAACCAACGAUCUCUGUUAAUCAAGUCCACCACAUGACAUUCCUCCCACCUUCUCUUGUAAUCACUCCACUCUUUAACCUAAUAGUCCAGAAAAAAGAAGUCCAACAGGUUUCAAGUCCCUGUUUAUAGCUCUGAAAAUCCAAUAAUCAAGGAAUAAAGAAAGAGAGAGACAAAAGCAAUAUAAAGAGUAGUAAAUGGCUCAAGAUACUACUUCUCCGGGUGUUGAUUCACCUAGGCGGCGUUCCGGUCUCUUGAGAGAUCAGGUCCAAGCAGUUAAAAAGGACUCUGAUCGCUAUGAGAUUGUUCCAAUUGGAGAAACAUUGUCGUUUGAGAAAGGUUUCUUUAUAGUAAUCCGUGCAUGCCAGUUGCUGGCCCAAAAGAAUGAUGGAUUAAUAUUAGUUGGAGUAGCAGGUCCUUCUGGCGCCGGAAAGACUGUAUUCACUGAGAAGGUGCUCAACUUUAUGCCCAGUAUUGCUGUCAUAACCAUGGAUAACUACAAUGAUUCAAGUCGAAUCAUUGAUGGAAACUUUGAUGAUCCACGGUUGAUGGAUUAUAAUACACUUCUCGAUAAUAUACAUGGUUUAAAAGCAGGGAAACCUGUUCAGGUUCCCAUAUACGACUUCAAGACUAGCUCUCGCAUAGGUUACAGGACUGUAGAAGUCCCUAGUUCCCGCAUUGUGAUUAUUGAAGGCAUCUAUGCCUUAAGCGAAAGACUGCGACCUUUGUUAGAUCUCCGUGUGUCUGUCACUGGUGGUGUUCAUUUUGACCUUGUCAAAAGGGUUUUGCGAGAUAUUCAACGUGCUGGCCAAGAGCCUGAAGAAAUAAUUCAUCAAAUCUCAGAAACGGUUUAUCCCAUGUACAAGGCUUUUAUUGAGCCAGAUCUCCAAACUGCACACAUUAAAAUCAUCAACAAGUUUAAUCCUUUCUCGGGGUUUCAGAACCCAACUUACAUUUUAAAGUCAACAAGGUCAGUGACAGUUGAACAGAUUAAGGCCAUUCUUUCUGAAGAACACAAGGAAACAAAGGAGGAAACAUAUGACAUAUAUCUUCUACCACCUGGUGAAGAUCCUGAAGCAUGUCAAUCGUAUCUAAGAAUGAGAAACAGGGAUGGAAAAUACAAUCUCAUGUUUGAGGAAUGGGUUACAGAUAGUCCAUUUAUAAUCUCACCUAGGAUAACCUUUGAGGUUAGUGUACGUCUUCUUGGAGGGUUGAUGGCAUUGGGGUACACAAUUGCAACCAUCCUGAAAAGAAGCAGUCAUGUCUUCUGUGAUGAUAGGGUUUCCAUCAAAACUGACUGGCUUGAACAACUUAAUCGCCACUAUGUUCAGGUGCAAGGUAAAGAGCGUUUAUACGUUAAAUAUGUUGCGGAGCACCUAGGCUUGGAUGGCUCAUAUGUUCCUCGCACAUACAUAGAACAGAUUCAGCUAGAGAAGCUUGUGAAUGAUGUCAUGGCAUUGCCAGAUGAUUUGAAAACAAAGCUCAGCAUCGACGAUGAUUUGGUUUCAAGCCCUAAAGAAGCCCUUUCCAGAGCUUCUGCAGACAGGAGAAAUAAAUAUCUGGGCCGCAGUUUAUCACUCUCAUAUUCAAAUCAACGGGAGAAGAAUCUGUCCAAGCUGACAAGACUUGCCGUUAAUAAUAGAAGAUUUGAUGGAAGAACUGUAGAGUCACCUGCUGCAGUUGCCAACCAGGGUGUCAUUACUCAACUCUCUGAGCAAAUUUCCACACUGAAUGAGAGGAUGGAUGAGUUUACAUCUCGCAUUGAGGAGCUCAAUUCCAAGUUUUCCACCAGAAAAGUUUCAGCUAGCCAACAAAAUGUGGCUUUGCAAGGCGAACCCUGCAAUGGAUCUGGACCAACUUCUCUAUUUGUUACUGGCUUGGGAAAUGGCUCGCUAACUGGAUCGAUACUGCCAAAUUCUUCAUCUUCUUCCCAGUUAACUAGGGAGUCUCCACUAAUGGAAGAGGUACUUCUAAUUGCACGGGGACAGCGUCAAAUAAUGCACCAAUUAGAUAAUCUAACCAAUCUUCUGCAUGAACACCGGGGAGAGAGGUCUCGUGCAGAUAUUAUAAACAGUACAGCCGACACUGAUUCCAUCACCUUUCCGCUUAUUUUAACUAUAGUAAUUGGGGGCUUAGGUGUACUUCUGUUCAGCAGUAUGGCCUCCAGAAAAUGAUUUUUUAGGCAAAGCAGAUGUAAUUCUCACCACAUGUACUCUUUGUUCUCCAGUUUUCACUGCUAUAUAAUUGUAUAUAGGCUUCUUGUUGUGAACCAUAUUGCCGGGAAAGAGUUCUUAAGGUCAUGGCUUUCUACUAUUUGUGCUCCUAAGGAGGGUUACAGUUCAGAAAGAAGCAAUAUUAUUCAUUUUGUUUGUGGGUGUUUGCGAAUG